AUGUCCUCCGCCCCGCUCGAGGUCGUCCUCAUCGCAGCCAUCCCCUUUGUGGCCGGUGGCCUCGGCUGGCUCACCAACGUCAUCGCCCUACACAUGACCUUCUACCCGCUCGAGUUUGUCGGAUGGUGGGAGCCGUGGCUCGGCUGGCAGGGCAUCAUCCCGCGGAGAGCCGCCAAGAUGUCGUCCAAGGCCAUCCGCCUCAUCACCGAGGACCUGCUCCCGGUCGACGAGCUGCUGCGCAAUGUCGAUGCUACCCGCGUCACCGCCGCUGUCGAGGCCAAGCUCCGCGACGAGGUUGAGAUCGUUGUCAACAGAGUCGCCGAGAAGCACGCCCCGACCCUGUGGUACCUCACCUCGCCCGAGGUCAAGAUCGAGAUCAACGGCCUUGUCUACGCCGAGGCCGCAGCCAUCAUGGCGUCGACCAUGGACGCUGUCACAGCCUCGGUCGAACACUAUAUCGACCUCGAGUCCAUGGUCGUCGCCCUCCUCACCUCCAACAAGUCGCUGCUCAACGAGCUGUUCAUGGAGAUCGGCGCCGACGAGUUUGACUUUAUCCGCCGCUCGGGCUUUGUCCUCGGCUUCCUCUUUGGCCUCUUCCAGAUGGUCGUCUGGAUCUUUGUCCGCCAGUGGUGGACCCUGCCGCUCGCCGGCUUUAUCGUCGGCUACGCCACAAACUACAUUGCGCUCAAGGCCAUCUUUCGCCCGGUCGAGCCGCGCCCCAUCUGCGGCGGCCGCAUCGUCCUGCAGGGCCUCUUCCUCAAGCGCCAGGACGAGGUCUCGGACCUCUACGCCGCCCUCGUCGCCAACCGCCUCAUCACUCCGCACCACGUCUUCAACGAGCUCAGCUCCGGCCCACGCUCGCCCGCCCUCCACCAGCUCAUCCGCUCCAAGCUCGACACUGCCGUCGACGAGUGGGUGGGCGCCUCGCUCCCGCUCACCCUCCUCUACCUCGGCACCAGCACCUAUGCCCGCCUCAAGCGCCAAGUCGCCCAUCGCCUCUUCCUCCGCCUCCCGGUCCUCCUCGCCGACGCCGAGAGCUACACCGCCGACGCCAUGGCCAUCGAGCCGCGCCUCGCCACAGCUCUUCGCGGCCUCCCGCCCGCCGCCUUUGAGCGCAUGCUCCAUCCCAUCUUUGAAGAGGACGAAAUAAUCCUCAUCCUUGUCGGCGCCUUCCUCGGCCUCGCCAUCGGUGGCCUCCAAGCUGCCGUCCAGCUACGGACACACGCGGGCGUGACGUGGAUGCAGGGGCAAGACGGCCAGCUCGGGCAAGACGGCGUGGCGCGUGGUGGGGGCGGUGGCGGGGUCGGGCCCGGCACCGGGGGAGCCCGGCCGCAGCAGGCCGACCUCGCCGCCAGAGUGGGGCAGGUGUACGCGGCGGUGGCGGAGCAGGAGGCGAGCGGAGCGCCGCUAUCACGGGCGCGGGCGGCGGUGGAGACCCUCGACGAGCUAGUCGAGCACAUGAUGGUCGAGGUCGCCCUGGAGAUGCACCGCUCGGCUGCCCGCGGCGAGGUCUGCCUUGUCUGCGAGCCGUACUGCACCCGCGAGCUGGUCUCCUUCCCAGGCGUCGACGUCUUUGGCCGUGACCUAACCCAGCUGUCGUCGGCCUCGUCUCUGAGCUACGCCGCCGGUGGUGAUGGUGGCUCGGCUGCCGGCGGCUCGGCCGACGGAGCCGCCGCUGCCACCCAGAAGCUUCCGCCGUCGGCCUCGCAGCCGCUGCCGUCGUCGACCCAAUACGUGCCGUGCGAGCUCUGCUCGCGAUCGGUGGCUGUCUCGCGCUUUGCCGCGCAUCUGGCCUCGUGUCUCGGCAUGGGCCGGACAGCCCGUGCCGUUCCGCGCCGGUCUGCCGCCUCGGCCGCAGACGCGCUCGCCUCGGGCACUCGCUCGCCCAUUCCCUUUGCCGUCCCCUACAAGGGCUUUGAUCUUUCGACCAUGCAGUCCGAAGCAGACCUCCACCGCAUCGCCACCGACCCUAACGUCGACUGGAACAAGAUGGAGGAGUUCAUUCGCACCACCUCGCAGGCCGCCGCCCUUGCCGCCGCAGAGGCCGACGCCGCAGAGGCCGCCGCGAUGGAAAAGGCCGCCGCCAAGGCCGCCGCUGAGGCUGCCACUGAACGGCGCAGGCAGGAGCUGGAAGAGCGGAAACGCGCAAAUGAGAAGAAGCGCGCAAGCGAGAAGAAGCGCGCAAGUGACGAGCGGAAGCGCGUUGCCCGCGCCGCUGCUGCUGCCGCCGCCGCCGCCGCCUCGGCCAAGAGUUACACUCUUCAUGAGAGCCUGGCCGGUAUGAAUCGCGACGCCCUCGGCGGCCUCGAGCUGAGUCAGCUCGAAAACGAGCUCACCUUUGGUGGCUUUAUGCACCGCUACAACGGGAUCGUCAGCGCCCGCGCCAAGACUGAUCCCAAGAUCGUCGAAGUUGCCGACUUGUUCAAAGUUCCGGCCAUGGCUGCCAUCGACUCCAGCACUUACCUGUGGAACCUAGCGCCGAGCGCCGUCAUCGAGGUUCUCACAAAGGUCUGUGGCGUCGUCAACAUGUCGACCCGCAAAAUGUGCUCCAACUCGCUCAAAUGCCCGCAGCACGACGACAUUGCCCGCAAGCUCGUCCGCUUCAAGCUCACGGGCGAGGCCUGGCUCGGCUCCGACGGCGUCACCCUCGACACCAUCAAGCGCUCCCACGCUGAGCUCUACCACAUCCUCACCGACGAGCAGUGGACCCACAUCACGCCCCCGGCAAGGCGCCGCGGCCGCCCAAAGAAGAGCGCGAGCUGACCGUCGCGAGCGCCGCUGGGGCGCGGGGGUGCGGACAAUGCACAGUGUUAACCCUUUACGGUUCGGUCGUUCGGACGCGUUGUCGCGCGUCUUAAAGUGAACAACUCGAUGAUGCUUGACUUCCAGGCCACCGACCGACGC